GGCCCGAAGCCGAAUCACAAUUCCUCAUUCUGUCGUUUGGGGACCGCUCCUCUCCGUCCCUUUGCCACGCCCUACCCAGGGCCUUAGCCUGGCAGGGUCCCGGAGAGUCCAGGCACAGAGAGAGUAGCUCUCGGGAUGCUGGCGUCCAGCGUUUUGCCUCGCCACUCUCUGAGCUGCUGUCAGAUGAGACCCUAAUAGCGAGGUGAGAUCGACCUUUAGGAUGAAGACAGGAGGCAUAUGCAGCGCUCGGCACAAAGGACGCCGUCAAUAAAUGGGAGUUGUCGCCCCGACCUUCGUUGUAAUCUAGUCCAUAAACUGCCCUAAUCGGAAGUGAGCUAAUCAGAGGGGUCUCGCUCUCAGAAGACUUGUGGGUGACAAAGACAGGGCUUGUUACAGGAACUCAGAGCGAUACAGUCGGGGUGGAGUGUCGAGUUCAAGACAGGGUGUGGUGAGAAAUGAGCCGCGGCCGGAUGUUUGGCCUGUAGAGGGAGUUUGGACUUGUGCUGAAGGCACGAGGGAGCCAUGGAAGGGAGGCAAGGCUGGGAGGGACUGGGCAGUUGGGGAUUUUGGAGAGAUGUCCCUGGCUUAUCGAAGGAGGGCGGAAUGGAAAGAGAGGAACUAGAGGCCAGGAAUCCAGGGAGACUGCUGGGGGUGGGGGAGGGCUUGCCCCAGGGCAGGACUGCGGGGACGGGACGCAGGAGGUGUAGGUGGGAAGGACGCCCUGGAGGCGGACUGAACCGGCCCUGAGACUGGCUGGUUGAGGGAUCAAGAGUGAGAGAAGAAAAGUCCAGAACAAAAAUGCCGGGAGCCUAGGCCUCAGAGGAGAAGCCCAGAGUGGGACAACCAGCACCAACGGCCAGAGGCUGCACAACCAGAAGGCCUGACUCUAAGAAAAAUUGGGGCUGGAGACCAAGCUUUAAGGAUCAUUAAAGAUGGUAAUUGGUGUUGUGGGUGUUAGUGACCUAGCCCGGGAAUGUAGACGCGGGGUUGGAGAAAAAGAAUUGACAAUCUCAAGGAAGACUGAGAAGGGGCAGCUGGAGGGAGAGGAGGAAAGCCAGUAGAGGGUGGGAUCACCAGCACAGGGCGGAGGAGCUGAUAAAUUCCAUCUACUACCUCUGAAUGUACGAAACAACUUGGCUGUUGGCUGCGGUGUAGAAUGCUUGUGCUCCACCAGUGCUGGUUCAGUCAUUCGUGUGAUUGAUGAUUGCUUGAGUAUGUAAUGGAUACCAGGCUCUGCUCAAUGUGCUAGAAAUACAGCAAUCAACUCAGAAGACAAAAAUGCCUGCUUUGUAAGGCUUCUGUUCUACUGGGGGAAACACACAAAAAAAUAAGGGCAUAGAUGUAACUUGCUGAUAAGGACCUUAUAGGAGAGAGCAAGCUGGAAUAAUGGGGUCAGAAUUAUUUCAGAAGGAAAAGGCCUGUUUCAUCAGGUGAGAUUUGAACCCAUAGCUGAAAGAAUGAGAGGAAGAACCAAGAGGGAAAGAGGAUUCCAGAAAGAGGGAACAACACAUACCAGGGUCCUGGGGCAGGACCAUUCACAGAAUCACAAAAGAGGGAAAGAAAGUUAACAGGAUUGGACUGGAGUAAGCCAAAAGCAGUGGAGGACAAAGUCCAAGAGUCUGACUCCCUGGUCGUGUGUGAGGUGGACCCAGAACUGAAGGAAAAGCUGAGGAAAUUCCGCUUCCGAAAAGAGACAGACAAUGCAGCCAUUAUAAUGAAGGUGGACAAAGACCGGCAGAUGGUGGUGCUGGAGGAAGAAUUGCAGAACAUUUCCCCAGAGGAACUUAAAUCGGAGUUGCCAGAGAGACAGCCAAGGUUUGUGGUCUAUAGCUACAAGUACGUGCACGAGGAUGGCCGGGUUUCCUACCCACUGUGUUUCAUCUUCUCCAGCCCUGUAGGCUGCAAGCCCGAACAGCAGAUGAUGUAUGCAGGGAGUAAAAACAGGCUCGUGCAGACGGCAGAGCUCACAAAGGUGUUUGAAAUCCGCACCACAGAUGACCUCACUGAGGCCUGGCUUCAAGAGAAGUUGUCUUUUUUUCGUUGAUCUAUGAGUCAGGGACUUGAAUUCCUGAUGUUUGAACCGCCAAGGGGACUGAGGACACGGACUCUUAAAAUGAGAACAUCCAAGAUCGUAAAGAAAUUAAAAAUGCAAGAACUCAGAUCCUGACUCAAUUUCU